AUGAGAUCUUCACCUCUCACUAUACUUAACCAUGUUGGUAGAACACUAAAAAUCCGUGUGACCCUGUGUUUGCUCCUUUUAUGUGUAAAUGUCCGACUGCAUAAGACAAACAGCGCCGGGACAGCGAACUGUGUGAGGAAGAGCUUUUUUAUCUCCCCGAGCGGAACGCGCGCGAGUGUUAAGAAGCGGUUUGUUUUGAGAAGGGCGAACCAUGGGGGGGGGAGCUUAUCGGCCCACGGGGUUGCAGGUCCCCCGAGCGAAGCUGCGCCGAGCGUGGAGGGGAGGCAAAGUGUUGAUGAAGAUAGCCACGCUGGGGGAGGAGAGCACAACCGAUUACGCAGCGGUGGGGAGAACUGCUCACCUCGCGUGAGUAACCAGUUUGCAGACGUGCCCGAAAUAAACCCAAACAUCGCAAAGUUCCUAUCCAGCAAGGGCAUAAAUCAGAUGACGAAAAUCCAGGCACAGAGCUUCAGGCCCAUUUACGAGGGGAGAGACAUAAUAGGGCGCUCCGAAACGGGCUCGGGGAAAACCCUAGCCUUCGCCCUUCCCCUAGUGGAGAAGUUGUACAAAGUUAAAAUGGGGAGGAGCGGAGAAGGGGUAUCUCCCUCCACACCGCACUUAGAAAGUGCCAACCAUUUUGGAGGCACAAACCAGCCAGAUGACAGCAAGAACCCGUCCAUCUUGGUACUAGAACCCACGAGAGAACUAUCCAAGCAGGUAGAAAACACAUUCAAAGAAAUAAGCCAAUUUUACAACUUUAACAUUAUGUCAAUAUAUGGAGGAGAAAGCUACGUAUAUCAGGAAGCCAAGUUGCGGAAAGGAAUAGAAAUUUUAACAGGAACCCCUGGUCGGAUAAUCGAUCACUUGGAGAGAAAAAACUUGUCGCUCCAAAAUAUAAAAUACUUGGUGUUGGACGAAGCUGACGAAAUGCUAAACUUGGGGUUUACCCAUGACUUAGAGAGAAUACUAAGUUACAUUAAUUUGAAGGAAGCGCAGAUUUUGCUCUACUCUGCAACGACUCCUUCCUGGAUUAAAGACAUCUCUUCUAAGUAUAUGAAGAACCCGUUUUUCAUUGACGUGGUUGAUUCUUCCAACAAGACGUCCAAAAAUAUUAAGCACAUUGCGAUAAAGACGCCGUACGACAUAAAGGAAAAGGCUCUGCUGUUGGAGGAUAUCAUUUUGGUCAAGUCGAAUGGAGGCCAGGUGAUCAUCUUCACCAGAACGAAAUUAGAAGCGGAUAUCUUAUGCUCCGAGGGGUCCUUUAAAUCUCUUUCUUUUGCCGUGCUGCAUGGGAACAUCGCCCAGACGACUAGGGAACACACAAUGCAGCGGUUUCGCCAGGGAAUGUUUCAAAUUUUGAUAGCCACGGACAUUGCCGCUAGAGGGCUAGACAUAAGUAACGUCGACUUAGUCAUUCAGUGCUUCCCUCCCAACUACGCAGAAAUUUAUAUACACCGAGCUGGAAGAACGGGAAGAGCAAACAAAAAAGGCAUCUCCGUUGUGUUGUUCUCAACUGAGGAUAAACAAGACUUAGUAAAGAUCGAAAAGAAUUGCGGAAUCAAAUUUUCCAUCGAACAAUUGCCAAACAAUGAAGAUGUCUUCACAUCUGCAUCUACCAUGGCGUCAAAAAAGAUCCAAAAUGUGAACCCAUCCGUUUUGCCAUUCUUUCACAAAACUGCUAGCGAAUUGAUAGAAAAAUGUACCCAGCUGCAAAUGGACCAGACAGAGUUGGUGGCCAGAUGUUUGGCCAUCAUUUCGAAGAAAGAACACAUCAAGAAGAGAUCCCUCAUUAAUGGCCUAUCCGAAACGCUCACCCUAAGCUUUGUUAACAAAAGUAGGAAGUGGAAAAACGAAGACGACAUUAUCUACUGGGUGAACAAAAUUUCAAACGAUUUAAAUGUAAAUACGUUUAACAAAAUUUUACAAAUUAAAAUUGACACACGGGAUAGAUUUUCUUCCUACUUUGAUUUGAAUGAAAAUAUAGCUGAACUGUUCAUACAAAAUUUUAACAACAUGUCCAAGGUGGGCCAUAGGAAUAUGUUCGACUUGACUGUGGCUCGGAGCAUCCCCGAGCACGUCGACUUGACGUCUGACUUUCACUCCUCCAGCAGGUACCACCCCAGGAAGCGCUAUUCCUACAGGAGGAGGCCCUCCUACUACUGA